ACUAUAGAGUAUAAGCCAAUACACAUGGGAUUGCGGCGGGAAACUGAAAGAACUUUGUAAACAAAACAUCGGGAUAGUAGUUUAUCAACCAGAGGAAAGAUGGCACACAGAGGCUUACUGAAACAGAAAGUGGUGGAAAAGAUUGGUAAUAUAUGUGAACAAAAGGACAACUUGUUUACAAUUGUUCAGAACUUUGUUGUGGAGGCCAACAAACAAUGCAACAAGAUUUUAGUUGAGAAAGACGACACAUUUCUGUUAGAAUCAUACAUGGAACUUAUGAAGAUACUAGACCAAUGUUUGAACUCCUGUGUCAUGUUAACAGCUGUGGCAGAUACAUUACAAGAUAGUUUUUGCAAGUCUAUGAAUGAUUUACUUGGUGUACGAGGUGAUGAUUUAGAGUCUGUUACAUCAAACUCACCAAUUCCAGGUACACCAGUAGAGAUUGAGACUGAUUGGAGGCAUACCAAGACACCAUGCAGUUCACAAAAUAUUCCCAGCACUGCAGUGAAAGGGUCCUCAUCAUUUCAAGAGAAACAUACGGAUUCAGAUGCAUCAUCAAAGUUUGAUAACUCUUCAGUAAAUGAGGACAGUACUGAAUAUACCAAGUCUUUGUUAGUAAACCAGAUUCCAGGAAAUCAGUAUAAUGGUAAAUAUAUAGAGGUGUAUAUUGGAAAUCUGGAAGAAUCUGUGACAAAGUCUGAUGUUGAAGAAUUAGUCAGAGAUUUUCACCCUACAAUAGUGAGAGUUAGAACAAAUAAGGAAGACAGAAGAAAAGUGUUUGCUUUUGUUAAAUUCAGACAGUUAUCCCAGGCAGAAGAUUGUGUAAGAACAAUAAAUGAAAUUUGUCACAGAGGAAGAUUUUUAAAAGCUCGUUUAUCUGGAGCAUCAUUGGACAAAGAGAAGAAAGAAAAUGAUGUUUGUCAAGUAAAAACACCAACAUCAAGUCUAGCAACAGAGAAUGACUCCUGUUAUAAUGAGUUAAAGCCAGAUGUACGUGGACGUUACAGUCUGUGCUAUCCCAGAGACAAUGAACCACCAGGAACUUCAUCUCAGGCUGUUGCUGAGAAAUUCAACAUGAUUAAUGACUUCAGAGAGGUUCAUUUUACCACAGGAAUGAUCUUCGUGAGGUUUAUCUCUAAGAAAGGAGCAGUUGAAGCAUUUGAAAAGUUUUACAAAGAACUGGAUAUGAGAGUAGCUCAUAAUAAACAUGAUAGAAGAAAACAGUUUGAAACAACAAGACAAUGGAACAAGGGAUCAUUUCAGAGUAAAUCCUUGCAACAAAAUACAUCAGAACAUUCAGAUAAAUGGCUUUCUCAAAGUAAUUCCUUACAUCAGAAUACUACAGAACAUUCAAACAAGCAAUAUUCACAUCCAACCACAGAAGUUUCUAACAAUAUGGCAUCACAUGGUAACUCUCCUAAUAUUGAUACAAAACAUAAAAGCAUAGGUACAGCUUACAGUUAUUCCAUGGAUGAAGAGAUAACAGAGCCAUCGCAUUAUGAACAAACAAGUCAUGGAACAUGUGCAAGUUGGGGAAAAGAGACAGAAUAUCAGAAAUGGGCUAUGCCAGGUGGAAAUUCAGAUGAUCAAGAGGCUAUUGAUGAGGAAAAUGAAAAGUAUUUCUGUGUACCUACAUUUAACAAAGAUAACCUGUCAACUGAUGCUUCAUAUAAAUUAGAUCAGGAUAGCAGUACAAAUGAGGCAAUAAACUCCUCCUAUCUUAAACAGCUUCAGAAGAUUUGGAAAAAUUGAAACUACCACAGUUUUAAAGUAAACUAUUAGCAUCAAUAUCAGAAGUAUAACAAAUGAAGUCUUCAACAGAUGGCACACUAGUUGUCUGAGUUAGAAGAAAGGAUAUUGUACAAAUGUAAACCUAUGGAAGUUUUUGGAGUAACAGCACCCCAGACUAGAGUAUUGGAAGCUAUUGAGAGAUACACCAGUAUUGAGUAAUGUGAAAAUGAUUGUACUGAAUCAUAUAAAGAAAAACAAAACUUUUGUUACUAAGGAUGAAUUGGUGGUAUUACAUGACUGACAAGUUUUGGAUGAAAUUGUCUUUGAAUCAAAUAAUUUUCAUAAUUCAUGCUAUUUUGUAUUCUAUUGAUUGGAAGCAAAAGAGAUAAUGUUAACUUGAUUUACCUUUUUAGCUCACCUGGCCCAAAGGGCCAAGUGAGCUUUUCUCAUCACUUGGCGUCCGGUGUCCGGCGUUGUCCGUCGUCGUCCUGCGUUAACUUUUACAAAAAUCUUCUCCUCUGAAACUACUAGGCCAAAUUUAACCAAACUUGGCCACAAUCAUCAUUGGGGUAUUUAGUUUAAAAAUUGUGUCCGGUGACCCCGCCAACUAACCAAGAUGGCCGCCAUGGCUAUAAAUAGAACAUAGGGGUAAAAUGCAGUUUUGGCUUAUAACUCAAAAACCAAAGCAUUUAGGGCAAAUCUGACAUGGGGGUAAUAUUGUUA